CCUUUCUGCUGGACAGCUGCUUACACCCGAACCCACAGUCGCUGUCGUCUGCAUGACAUGGAAAUGUAUUUUUAUUAUAGUUGAUUGACAUUUGGUAACUUUUUGCUUCUUUGAUGCUGUUAUAUGGAGGCUAAUUAUAGCGUCUCAGCGACGAGGAGGAAAGUCCAGUCAUUGUUAUUACCAGCUCGUACAGAGAAUCAAAGAUCAACGGAGAGUAAGCUGAGGAGAUCCCAUCCCCAGAUCUAGGGGUUCUCAUCCAGCCAUGACUUGUCGUCCGCUGCUCUUCUGCUUCUGGCUGGCUUUCCUCAUAACUGAUCAGGUCUUCUGCCUGCGAGCGCAGCUGGAAAUGUAUGAGGAUUCAUUGGACGAUCAAUACAUUGGAUGUCUGGACAAAAUGGAGUCCAUAGCUCCAGAAUUAAUGAAGAAGGAACGAGAGUUGAGACCAGACCUGGACGUGGCUUGGAAUACCUCGUCUGCAGCAUGGAAUGAAAAGAAAUCUUCUGUGGGACACCUUCCCGAUGGUUUUAAGGAUGAAUAUGGGGUAGCAUUAUUAUUAUAUACCUAUAUGGAUUUACAGUUGUACAAGGAAUUAAACAGAGCUGUCCGGGAAUAUGGACAACAUCCCAACUCCUUCAUGUUCCACUCAUGGCAUUUCUAUCUUACCAGAGCUCUCAGUUUGCUUCGAGCUGGCUGUGAUGGGAAUCCAUGGUCUACAUACAGAGGAACCAGUACGGUCCAGUUUGAGCCGCCAUCUGACCCUCAAGCCACUAUAAGACUUAGCCAGUUUUCUUCCAGCUCUGCUGAUAUCAAGCAGGCCCAGCAAUUUGGCCAAGCAUCAUUCUUCAAUAUUACCACGUGUUUUGGGGCAGAUAUAGAAAAAUUCUCACACUACCCAUCCCAGAAGGAGGUGCUCAUACCCGUCGAUGAAGUGUUUCAUGUCACCAAGUACAUUAAGGAGGGGAACAGGCUCAUCCUCCAGACCACUAAUAGGAGGUGCAGUUUUUACAACUGUGCCUACUUGGGGGGGAGCAAAAGGCGCAGCUGCGUCUAUAACUCAGCUCCAAGUACGGUGAAGUUCUAUGAAGCAGUGACUGGGCCCCUGCUGGUUGCUAUGUGUACUGCAAUCUUUUCAGUUACAAGAUGAAGCCACAGUUGGGAUACCUUGACCAUCAGUAGGAAGAUGUGAGAUCACGAGUGGUGGUCAGUAGUGGUCACGUGGGGAUGAUGACGGACUUUAAUCUGAAGGACACUUGAUUAUAGAGGCUGAUCGAUAUCUGAGGAACAUGUCAACCAAUAUCCCCGCUUGUUUCCAAUGUGAUCAACUGAAUGUAUGGAGACGCGGAAAUGUAUUCAUGCCCUUAGGGGCGUAUUCACACAUCACAUUUUUUCGCAGGGUACUGUGUUCUUCAAGUAAAUUUUCAGUCACGCAAUUUAUAAUUUGUCAGAUGAUCUAUUUUAAUUAAUGUCUGAUGUCUAGCGCCCACAGCAAUGACUGCAGUCACAUGAAGUGCAACCACGACCAAGUCCAGAAGGGACAUUACUAUUGUAUAAGGGGACAUAGCUACUGCUUGGGGGCCCACAGGGGGUGUUAGUAUUGUAUGGGGGCCCAAAGGAUGGCAUUAGUAUUGUGAGGGGUACAAAGGGAGGCAUUGUCAGACCAAAGCGGGCAGUAUAGUGUGUGGGGCCCAAAUGGGGGUACUAUUACUGUGUAGGGCACCAAGGGGCAUCAUAACUGGCACACUAUGACUGGAGUGUACAUGUGGGGAUAAUGGUCCAAAAUUCCUCCUCAACAUAGUGAAAAUCCCAUCUACAGUUCCAGGAUAUUUGGUAGCGGUGCCUGCCGCUAAAACCGGAUCUAAAUGUUAUUAAUGUUGAGGGUUCACUUACUUUCUCUCCCUGGAUUGUGAAGGUUUAGUGGUAUAACCGUGUGGUAUUACUUACAUCGUGUGAAUCACAUAACAAUCACAUCACGGUUUAUCAGUAAUGAAUGCAGGA